UAUCUGUCCGUUCGCAGUGAAAAGCUGUUUCCUUCAUAUUUCCUUGCGACACCCGCUGAAGCUGCUCCUUUGCCCGACUGCUGCCAUGUACCCUUCUUAGGGCCAGCCCCAGUCUCUGGCUCCACCGACCGGGUAUUCGCAGAAGUCAUCGGCUUCUUCCACGGCGAUUUCCUUCUCUCUACGUCAACCAAGAUGGGACCCAAGAGGGCCUCCGAAGGCGACAUCGUGCAGGCCAGCAAGAUCCCCAAGAUCGAGCACGGCAUUGCAUCGAGUCCAUUAUUGAACCAGCAGCCACGCGCACCGAACAAUGACUUCUCCGGCUCGGUCAAGAAGAAGUUAGCCAACUCGACGCGUACGGGUCAGGCUUGCGACCGCUGCAAGGUGCGGAAGAUACGAUGCGAUGGACGCCCAGAAGGAUGUUCGCCGUGCGCUCAGAACCGAACGCUCUGCAAGACGACCGAUCGUAUCACAGGGCGAGCGACGACACGAGGCCAAGUCGAAGCCAUGGAGGCUGAGAACGGCUAUCUGCGUGCCCAGGUCGCUGAGCUGCAAGCGCAGUUGAAAGAACUGGGCGUCGAACCCCGGACUGUGCCUGCAUACAACGGGUUUCCCCCAUCCAGUAUACAGUGGCCGGCUUCGGGUCUUUCUAGCGACGGUGGCCAGGGGUGGGUGGAUGCAUCACAGCGUAGGACGAGCACGUCUCCCCUACCCGGCUACGUAUCAGGGCCAAAUGUACUGGAGGGUACCGAGUACCGGCCAUUGCCACAAUUCAAGCCAGGCUCAAUUGGCGACAAUUACCUCGGAGUGUCAUCGGCAGACUCACUCCUGAGCCAUAUUAAAGGCACCUCCCUCUCUGUGUUCGGCACUGAAAUUGACAUCACGGACUUCGUGCAGAAUGAGGAAGAAUAUGACAAGUCGGUCAUGUCCUACAACCACUUCCUAAAGGUGGCUUUGAACGACGAGCCGCAAGUAGAACCCGUCGCCUUUCCGGAAUACCAGCAGUUGAGUGAGUACGCGGGCUGGUAUCUUCGAUCUUUGAAUCCCUAUACCAUGCUUCUUGAUAAACCCGAAUUCAUGCACCUUAUAUGGAAGAUAGGGAACGAAGCGAAUUUCACCCCAUCUGCAGCUGAGAUAGUGUGUGUACACAUGAUGCUAGCAACUCUUAAGUAUCAAAUAUCAGUCCGUAACCAUGAAGAAUCGCUCAUGGAAGAGUCGCACAAGCACUAUCGAUAUUCACUGAGCUUUUUCAAUGAGCUGUUACAUGGACAUGGCCUCAAGGACCUACAGGCCUUAGGUAUGAUCACCGUGCAUCUUCGCAACUUUCCGAAACCUGGAGCAGCCUGGAUUAUGUGCUCGACAACUUUCUUGCUUGCGGUAGAACUUGGUCUUCAUCGAUCGACGAAGGCGUGGGCUGAGACAGCCAAAUUAAGCAAGCACGAAAUCGAGAUGAGAAAGCGCGUUUUCUGGACAAUGCAUGCUCUUACGACAAAUUUGAGCGGGAAACUAGGUCGACCAAUGCCGAUCAAUAUGGAAGAUGUCGAUGUGGAAUUCCCCGAGCCACUCAACGAUUGUUUGCCUGGCGAAGAUACCAGUCUGGUCCCGUUCCGGAAGUGCUCGUUUCAUGUCGGGAUACAGACUGUGAAGUAUACUGUUUGGUCUUCAGAGCUUUAUCGCACCGUAUAUUCAGUCCGGUCAUCAAGCCGGGGUUACGAAGAUACUGUUCGCCGGCUUGAGAAUGGUAUCCGUCAAUGGAGAGAAGAAUGCCCCCCUGAGCUUAUGGAUCCGGCUCGGGCUGCUCAAGAAAACUACAUAUUUGCUCUUUAUCUUGAUACCUGGGAUAAUGAGUUCCAGCUUCUUCUCCACCACCCUGCGGUGUGCCGCUCUACCGACCCCGAAUUCAUUAACGCCAACCUCGAUAAGUGCCUUGCAGCCUCUCAGAAGAUGCUCUACAACUGUAAUGAGAUGCGUAAGAUGAGGAGUAUGGACAUUCCAUGGAUUAACUCGGUCGUUUAUAUUGCAGCGAUCUUUACGACUUUAUUCAUCUACAUCCAGCGCAAAGACCGAAUGAAGUUAGUGGAGAUGACAAAGCUGAAGGGCGAUAUGGCUUUGUGGAUAGAAAUCAUGGGCGAAGCUGGCGCUCUUCUAGGGUCCGGUGACAAACUGAAGAAAGCGAUACACAAAAUCGUCGACCAAUUGCUGAACGGUAUCAAUGAUAGCAUUGUCAAGCGGACUGCAACAGAGUCACUUGCACGAGUUGAUCUUCAGGGCCCGCAAGAAACAUCACCCCCGACCUCUGUGUAUGGCAACGGAAACAACUUUCAUGAACAAUAUUCUGGUGCCGCCAGUGGUUCAACAGAUCCUGGGCUUUCAGUAUCAUCAGGCCCCUACGCCACGGUGCCUCCCGGGGCUUCGUUUUCCUACAGCAGUGCAACCACAGUCUCUGUCCCGCCUUACCAACAGUCAACUGCUGCUUUCAGCCAGCAACCUUACAGUAGCGGGGAUGACCCAGGCAUGACACCGUCUCAUGCAGCGGCAUUGGCAGCGGCAGCAUCAGGUGCACCAUCACAACGCCCAAAUGACAACUUCAUCUAUGCGAACGCCAACGCUCAGGUUGCUAAUAAUGGUCAGCAACCACCUUACCCAGCCAAUCAAGGUAGCCCUAAUGAUUGGCGACAAUGGACUCGAACGUUCAUGCACCAGCUUGGACCAUCUGGGGAAUACCUAAAUACAGCAAACACCUUGAUGGCUCUGGGCGGUCGCGAGGGCAGCGCCCAGGGUCCAGGACAAGAUGGACCUGGAACCGGUGAUGGAUCGGCAGUGCAUGGUCUAGGGCCUUCUAAUUUCCAGUGGCCGGGAAUCGUUUUUGGAAUGGGACCGGGCUCUAAUGGACACGUAGGCCAGCAAUAAGCACUCUUUGUAGAUGCUAGGCCUGUUUGAUAUGAAUUUAACGGGUGUGGGAGGAUUUGGUACGGUUUUUGGAUAGCGUUGGAUGUGGAUCUGGGUUCUUGGGAAUUCGGCGUCGCAAGCGAACUAAGGUAAUAUGGGAUAUCAAUGAGGCUCAAUUCCUUUUUCCCUAGUGUCUCUAUCUAUGUACGAUACUAUGUUUGGAGCAGACCUUGGAACGGUGGGAAUGGGAUUAGACGCAGGUAGGACGAGCUCGGAAGCUCUUUCUUUCCUGCCGUGGUUAGCGAGAUGACACCUGUCCUGUACCGGAAGAUG